AUAAUGGCUUUGAAAGUACAUGGACUCGCCAAAUCGAUGCCAGUGUCAUGUGUGAUGCUUUGUCUAGCUGAGAAAGAAUUAGACUUUGAGUUUGUUCAUGUUAACUUCUCCAAAGGGGAACACAAAUCCCAUCCGUUUCUGUCAAAAAAUCCAUUUGGAAAGAUUCCCGUAUUUGAAGAUGGACCUAUUACACUUUUUGAAUCUCGAGCGAUCACCGGAUACAUAGCUCACAAAUACAAGGAUAUCGGUACGGAUCUGUUUAGACAUGGUAACAUCCAAGAAGCUGCAAUGGUUGGAGUAUGGAUGGAAGUUGAAUCACAACAUUUCAGCCCUCCAACUACUGCAAUCAUCUAUGAAAUGUUUGUUGGGCCUAUUUUCGGACACACAAUUGAUCAGUCUGUUGUGAAUAUGAAUAUAGAGAAGCUCGAUAAGGUGCUUGAUGUUUACGAAGCUAGACUUAGCACCUCUAAGUACCUUGCAUGUGAUUCAUUCUCACUUGCAGAUCUCCAUCAUCUUCCUAACAUUUACUACCUAAUGAAGAUCACUCCUUGUGCGGAUCUAAUCAAUUCUAGGGCUCAUGUCAAGGCAUGGUGGGAAGAUAUUUCAGCUAGACCAUCUUUUGUUAAGGUUGCUCAAGGACUUACUCUAGGUGAAUGA